GCCGCACGCAAACUUUUGCUCCAGUGCCCGUGCUCCUCCCAGGCACGUGAAGCCCCCAGGCGCCCGCGCAGUCGCUAGGUUCGCCCCGAGAGCGGGUGCCACCGGCCGAGAUGCUCCUCCGGGACCUGGUGCUGCGCCGUGGCUGCUGCUGGCCCUCGCUUCUGCUGCACUGCGCGCUCCACCCGCUCUGGGGCUUCGUGCAGGUGACACACGGUGAGCCCCAGAAGUCCUGCUCCAAGGUGACUGACAGCUGUCAACACAUCUGCCAGUGCCGGCCCCCGCCCCCGUUGCCGCCGCCACCCCCGCCCCCGCCGCCUCCCAGACUCCUCUCUGCCCCAGCUCCCAACUCUACCUCGUGCCCCCCAGAGGAGAGCUGGUGGUCGGGGCUGGUGACCGUCAUCGCGAUAUGUUGUGCCUCCCUGCUGUUUCUCACUGUGCUUGUCAUCAUUUGUUACAAAGCCAUAAAAAGGAAACCCCUGAGAAAAGAGGAGAAUGGCACCAGCGCUGCUGAGUAUCCCAUGACGUCCUCGCAGAGCAGCAAAGGCCUGGCGGUGAACAGCGCCGUGGUGUGAGGCUGCGGCCCUGGACCGGCUGGCCAGAGGGGCGCCUUGGUGGCACUAGUGGACACGAGCUGACACUGGGCUUGUCCAGGACUUCAUUGCCUUGCCGGCCUCGAGCCUGUCGAAGGAGGAACCACGCUCUCCCCAGCCUCGCCACAGGGCCGCGGCAGCCAGGCCCAGGCCGAGCCAGGCGCGCCUGCAUGCAGCCCGG